UCGCUGAUAUGGGUUCUAGCUCGUAAGUGCCGAGCCUCAGUAAUCUCCCUACUCCAUGAUUUCCUGAAAGCGCUCACCGACAUUCCCCUCCAAACCAUGGCAUUAUUUCACAUUAACUCGAAGGUGGUGCGUCUCAGUACUUCACAGUUACGUUGUUACUCCAGCUGUCUGAAAAUGAAGAAAGGAUUGGUGCUUGGUGUCUACGAGGGGGAGAAAAGCGACGUUGUUCUCACACCGUCGGCCGCCAAGUACAACGAGCUCGUUAAUGGAAAACUACUGGCCAAUAUUUCCCUCGCGGGCCCGACAAUAAAAAAAUCAAAAACUCGAGUAUUUUGGGGUCUCGAGGAUGAUGUCCAUAGUUGCGUUGCGGUCGUUGGUCUCGGUAAGCAGAACCUUGGCUACAACUCCCUGGAGGAGAUCGACGAGGGAAAGGAAAACAUUCGCGUUGCUGUCGCAGCUGGAUGCAGUGCCCUUGAUGCUGUAGAUGUCAAAGAUAUUGAGGUCGAGCCCAUGGGAAAUGCGGAGGCGGCAGCUGAAGGAGCAAUUUUAUCCACUUGGGUAUUCCAAGAGUUCAAAAAUAAAGCCAAGAAGAAGAAGCUACCGACUGUCUCUCUGUAUGGAACUGAAGAACAAGAUUCAUGGAAUCUUGGCAAGAUCAAAGCAGACGCUCAAAAUUGGGUGCGUCUUUUGGAGGACACUCCAGCUAACCUGAUGACCCCCACAAUCUUCAGUGAGACAGUGUCCCAAGCGCUGACCCCUCAAGGAAUCGAAGUAAUAGUCCACGACGAGUUAUGGGCGACGAAGAAAAAAAUGGGUUCUUUCCUCAGCGUGUCCCGAGGCAGCGCUGAGCCGCCAAAAUUCGUGGAAAUUCAUUACAAGGGAGCAGAGCCCACCAAGGCCCCAAUAGCAUUUGUGGGCAAGGGAGUGACGUUUGACGCCGGUGGUAUAAGUCUGAAGAGUGCAGGUUCAAUGGACGAGAUGCGAUCAGACAUGGCUGGAGCAGCCUGUGUCGUUGGCCUUAUCAAAGCAGCUUCUGAGCUGAAAAUCAAGGUGAACCUCGUAGGACUAAUUCCCUUGACGGAGAAUUUGCCAUCAGGCACAGCGACAAAACCCGGCGAUAUUGUGACAGCAAUGAAUGGCAAAACAAUUAUCGUUGAUAAUACUGAUGGAGAGGGACGUUUGAUACUAGCUGAUGCCUUAACUUACGCUAGUGAAUUCAAUCCCGAAUUCAUUGUAGACAUUGCCACUCUCACUGGAGCUAUCAGAAUGGCCUUGGGUAAUGCAGCCACUGGAGUAUUCUCCAGCAGCAAUGAAUUGUGGGAGGUACUGAGGCAAUCUGGGGCCAACACUGGUGAUCGCAUGUGGAGGAUGCCCCUGUGGCAGCACUAUAACAAUCAGAUGACCAAGCCCUACAAAGCUGCUGAUCUUAACAACUGUGCAAGGGCAAAGGGUGGCGGCUCGUGCACAGCUGCUGGAUUUCUUCGUGAAUUCGCCAGUACUGAAGUGCCCUGGCUGCACUUGGAUAUGGCCGGCGUCAUGGGCCCCACUAACGAUGAGAUUAGUUAUUUGGCUUCUGGCAUGUCUGGACGACCUGUCAGGACGCUCAUUCAAUUCGUCCAGGACAUUGCCGAGGGAAAAGCUACGUGCAAACGUUAAGUGUUGAUAAUAAUAUGAAUAAUUAAUAAAGUUGAUCAUGUCGGAAAGUGGAUACACAAGCCAUUGAUGGGAGCUUAACGGCUUCCUCAUCGUACCAAUAUUUUCUAUGUCGAAUUAAGGUUUAUGUUUGGUUACAUCAUUUUUUCUUCCAAUGACUCAAAUGUUUUCUCAUCCUGUAUAGACGUAACAACAGAUUUUUGAUAUUUUUCACUUCGGCAAUUGUUUAUAAUGAUGAUCUUAGGUGGAAUACAGGAUGCAGGACAAAUGAGCUCGGGGAAUUUUCAUCGGCCAUUGUACUUUUCUUUAUGAUGAUGAUGAUGAUGAUAAUGAUGAUGAUGUAAUAAACGAAAAAAAUAUAUGGGUAUUUUAUUAA